GAAAGGAAGUGGCAACAUGUGGCAAUUCAUCUAAGAUCAGCAACUUUUUUCUCUGUUUGAAUUUGUUCAUUUGGAAGGUAUUUGUCUAGCUCUGCAACAGAAUCAUUACUUGCUCUACCAACUUUUCUAAAGUCUCACAUGCUGAUGCCAGUUAAGAAAGAAUACAUUUUAGUCUGUCAACUUUUGCUUACAAAAGAGGAUCUAAAAGUGUGUUCCAAGGUAAUUUGAACAGACUCUUUCAAGAUGGUGCAUAUUUUAGUAGGUCCACAGAACAGUAAAUAUAACUUGAUAAUCACCCCAAACAUUUCUUGAAUUGGAAAAUCGAAUUGGCAGGUUUGCAUAAUAAAGGGCUAAAAUUAUGAACCACACAAGAUUUGCCUGAAACUUGAUUGUUCAGGCUCACAAUUCUCUACUGAAUACUCUUGUGCUUGCUUUUGUAUUUAUCCAUUUUCAUGUAACUGCUUAGAGCAGACAUUUCUUUUUUAAAUCUUUUUUCAUAAAAAUAAAUUUUAAUAAAUAUGCCGGCGGAUGGUAGUGAUGCCGACCCUACCGAGGAGCAGAUGGCAGAAACAGAGAGAAACGAUGAGGAGCAGUUCGAAUGCCAGGAACGGCUCAAGUGCCAGGUGCAGGUGGGGGCCCCCGAGGAGGAAGAGGAGGACGCGGGCCUGGUGGCCGAGGCCGAGGCCGUGGCUGCCGGCUGGAUGCUCGAUUUCCUCUCCCUCUCUCUUUGCCGAGCUUUUCGCGACGGCCGAUCCAAGGACUUCUGCAGGACCCGCAACAGCGCAGAGGCUAUUAUUCACGGACUAUCCAGUCCAACAGCUUACCAGUUGAGAAUGAUAUACGUAUGUCAGCUUUUGACAAGAAUUGCAGCAGGAAAAACCCUUGAUGCACAGUUUGAAAAUGAUGAACGAAUUACACCCUUGGAAUCAGCCCUGAUGAUUUGGGGUUCAAUUGAAAAGGAACAUGACAAACUUCAAGAAGAAAUACAGAAUUUAAUUAAAAUUCAGGCUAUAGCUGUUUGUAUGGAAAAUGGCAACUUUAAAGAAGCAGAAGAAGUCUUUGAAAGAAUAUUUGGUGAUCCAAAUUCUUAUAUGCCUCUCAAAAGCAAAUUGCUUGUGAUAAUCUCUCAGAAAGAUACAUUUCAUUCCUUUUUUCAACACUUCAGCUACAACCACAUGAUGGAGAAAAUUAAGAGUUUUGUGAAUUAUGUGCUAAGUGAAAAAUCAUCAACCUUUCUAAUGAAGGCAGCAGCAAAAGUAGUAGAAAGUAAAAGAACAAGAACAAUAACUUCUCAAGAUAAACCUAAUGGUAAUUAUUUUGAAAUGGAAACUGAAGCUAAUCUGGAUACAAGAAAAAUGUCUCACAAGAAUCUUUUCUUAUCUAAGUUGCAACAUGGAACCCAGCAACAAGACCUUAAUAAGAAAGAAAGAAGAGUAGGAACUCCUCAAAGUACAAAAAAGAAAAAAGAAAGCAGAAGAGCCACUGAAAGCAGAAUACCUGUUUCAAAGAGGCAACCAGUAACUCCUGAAAAACAUCGAGCUAGAAAAAGACAGUCAUGGCUUUGGGAAGAAGACAGGAAUUUGAGAUCUGGCAUGAGGAAAUAUGGAGAGGGAAACUGGUCUAAAAUACUACUGCAUUAUAAAUUCAACAACCGGACAAGUGUCAUGUUAAAAGACAGAUGGAGGACCGUGAAGAAACUAAAACUGAUUUGCUCAGAUAGCGAAGACUGAUUGUGUUUGUAAAAGCUUUAUGAAAGGACAGUUAAGUAUUUUGAUCACUGCAUUUUGUUUGAAACUUGUCAUUGAUGUAUUUUAAAACUCCUGUUUAAAGCAUUACAGUAUUUUUCUGUGACCAUCAAUUAAUAUGAGGGUUUGUGCUAUAAGAGUUAAAGCAUAUGCUAUCAUUGUAUUAAGAACUUUAUUUUGAUAAAAUGUAAAUUUGUUGAACCCUGCCACAUUUAGUAUCCCCACCCCCAAAACCUGUUCCAAUGAAAAAAUUAAAACCUGUUACGAAAAAAAAAAA